AUGACAUGGAAUCUAAAGAAAAAAGUCUAUGCACUGUUUGCAGAGCAUUUCCAAGCGGGAUCACUGCUUUUCGAGCACCGCGAUGUACAACUUCAGCUAAGGGAAACACCAGCAACCCUUGCGAACUUCAACUUCAAUUUCCUUAUGGACUCCAAGCAGAAAAUGAAUUGUAAUGUCUGGAGAAUGAAAACACGAGUCGUAGUGAAUGCAAGACUUCAUCGUUGUAUGAGUGCGAUAAACGAUGAGCACUGGACAUUACACGUGAGCCGAUGCUUGACUCCACAUGUGUGCUUCAGUCGGUUGUCACGUGAUGUCGACUGCGUCGCUGCACGAGCCGAAUACGAGUUCUUCCGUUCUGGUGCAAAUGGCUAUUUUUUGCAAGUGUCGAACGUUUCUAUAACAACAUCAGAUGCGAACUGUAAAGCACCUGUUCCUCCUCUCGUUUCUGGAAAUCACUACUUUGCUCCAUAAGGAAAGAAGUCUCUGAAUUAGAGAAUUUAGGUGAAGAUUGCUAGAGUAAUAAAUUAUGAGCUGUCGAUAUUGAUAGUUUGAGCGAAUCACCGAGCUCGUUUUAUUACUGUAGGAAUACGGUAGGAACUUUCAGCAUAUGGA